CAAAUUCGAUUUUUAACCUAACACUAUUUGUUUUCUAGUUCAAUGUUUUGAUAUGAGUUUUCUCGUUUCCUGAAGACUAUAUGUAUACAGUAAAACAAUAAUUCUGCUCUUGAAAUUAUCAUAUAAUUCUGCGGAAUUAGAAUAUAAUUAUAUAUACAUUUAUAAAAUGUUACUUCGUAGAAGUUGUAGACGGUUCAAUUCAACAUCUCUCAAUAACGCUGUAGAUACACUAGCUGAAAUUACAACUACUAACAAAUGGAAAUAUAAACUGGACGAUAAUGUUGAAAGCGACUUGCAAAAUGAAAAAAUAAAAACUAAACGUCAUCCUGGUAUAGUUCCAUCCGCACCUAUAAAUAUUCCUGAAUCUUUUAUAAAAGCAGCGAAAAUAAUUUUAGAAGAUGAUUGUUACAUACCAAAAAAACAACUUAGUGGAAGAAGUGAAAAUUUUGUGAAAUAUUUAAAGGCUAAAAAACCUCCUAUGGAACAAGAUGAACUCCAAGCUCAUAUAUCUAACUUGAAGACAAAAGUUAUUAAAGGCUUACAGAAGUCAAAAAAAGAUCUUUUGAGUGAUGAACAUGUAAUGAAGAGUCAAUUGACUAAUCUAAUGAAAAAAACAGUAUAUAAUUGGUUUCCUGUGAAAUAUGAUAUUGCCCAGAGCUUAUGCUAUCUAGUGGGAAGAUCAGCGGCAGAGUAUGCAGUUUUGAUAAAGAUACUGUCAGAGAUCAAAUUAAGAAAUCCUGACUGGAAACCCCUAACACUUUUUGAUUUUGGAUCUGGUGUUGGUACAGUAACAUGGGCAGCUAAUACGAUAUGGCCAAAAUCCUUCACAGAAUACUUCAACGUGGAUUCAUCAGCAAGUAUGAAUGAUUUGGCCGAACUUUUAUUAAAAGGAGGCAGGGGAGAAAAAGAAAUUUCAUUACGUGGUGUUUACUACAGACAAUUUUUUCCAAGUAAACCAGUGCCUUAUGAUCUUGUGGUAUCAGCCUAUACACUCAUGGAAUUACCUUCAUUAAAGAGUAGGCUGGAUGCAGUAAGGCAGUUAUGGAGUAAGACAAUGAGAUAUUUGGUAAUUGUUGAACAAGGAAGUUAUGCUGGGUUUAAAGUUAUCAAUGAGGUUCGAGAUUUCAUUCUCAGUCUUGGAAAUAGUCAUGUCUUUAGUCCAUGUGCUCAAGAUUAUCCUUGUCCUCAAUUUGCAUCUAAUAAAGAAUUACCCUGUAAUUUUGCAGUUCGCUAUCAUGACUUGCCUUUAAACGAUAUAUCUCAGAAUCUUCGAAAAGAAAAAUUUUCAUACAUUGUCUUAAAAAAAGGCAAAAGGAGUGAAAACGAUUCUCAAUGGCCAAGGUUAAUAAACCCCACACUUAUAAGGCAUAAACAUGUAAUAUGCACUUUAUGUACCAAGGAAGGCAAAAUUGAACAAUCUGUAUUUACAGCUUCAAAAUAUGGAAAACUUGCCUUCAGAUGUGCUAAAGCUUCAGAUUGGGGAGAUAGGCUACCAAUGACUGUAAAGGACACCCCCGAUGAUGUUAUUGUUGAUGAAAAUGUUAACUUAGAUAAGGAAAUAACGAAUAAAUAAUCAUAAGUUUUA